AAGCGUUUCCGGAAGGCUGGCCGCAUCCCGCAGCGGGCUACGGGCGCCUCCGGGGCGAGCGGCGCAGCGCGGAGCGCCGCGGCGGGCAGCUUGCUUGAUUUCUGUGGUGACCUGUGGGGGUGCUGGUGACCAGGACUCCAGGACUUGGUGCUCUGGUACUGGCUUUCAACAACGAGCUGGGGAGAGUAAGUAACCUGCUCCAUGUCUGAGGAUCCUCCGGGGUGGUGGGGCUCUUUCUGCACUUCUCUUGUCCCACAUCUCAAACACUGAAGUCUCAGAUUUCUCCCAGCAGAGAGACCAUGUCCAAGUUAAGCGUUUCGAGCUGUGCUUUGGGAGCAGCUGACAGCGUGCGGUAAUGUGCUGACUGGCACUAUGGGCAGGCGGUACCCGGGGGCUCACUAUCGGCCAAGCAGCUCAUAUUUCAAAUUAUAAUCUAUUUCCUGAUGCAUUGCUGACGCCCCGUGAGCCAUGUCAGAAGUACUUCCAGUCGACUCCGGCGUGGACGCAUUGGCAGUGUUUAUGGCAAGCGGCAGCACGACGGACGUUGUGAACCGCAACAGCCCUGCCACCCCACCCAACACCCUCAACCUGCGCUCCUCUCACAAUGAACUUCUGAAUGCAGAAAUUAGGCACACAGAGACCAAGAACACCACUCCUCCGAAGUGCAGGAAAAAAUACGCGCUGACUAACAUUCAGACAGCCAUGGGUCUUUCCGAUCCAGCAGCGCAGCCCCUUCUGGGGAACAGCUCUGCCAAUAUAAAGCUGGUAAAGAAUGGAGAAAACCAGCUCAGGAAAGCCGCCGAGCAGGGACAGCAGGAUCCCAACAAAAACCUCCCUACCACUGCAGGCAUAAACGUAACUUCUGAGAAGUUUGAAGGCAAAGAGCCGAUCCCGCAGGAUUCCUCUGGCUGUGAAAUACUACCCUCGCAGCCAAGGAGGACCAAGAGCUUCCUGAAUUACUAUGCAGAUCUAGAGACAUCUGCUAGAGAGCUAGAGCAGAGUUUUGUUACAAUGGAAGAUAAAUCUGCACAAAGCAACAGCCAGGCGUCUACCAUUAUUGUCAAUGGGGAGGGCCUGCCCCGGAAACAAAACAAGCCGUCAAGCCCAGAGGAUGGCCAAGUUGCUGCAGUGUCAUCAAGCCCUGAGACUAAGAAAGACCACCCGAAAACAGGGGCCAAAACAGAUUGUGCCCUCCAUAGGAUUCAAAACCUGGCCCCGAGUGAUGAGGACUCCAGCUGGACUACGCUGUCCCAGGACAGUGCCUCGCCAAGCUCGCCUGAUGAAACAGAUAUAUGGAGUGAUCAUUCAUUUCAGACAGACCCAGAUUUGCCACCUGGCUGGAAAAAAAUCAACGAUGUUGCCGGGAUCUACUACUGGCACAUACCAACAGGAACAACUCAAUGGCAGCGUCCCGUGUCCAUCCCAACAGAUCUCCAGGGCUCACGAAAAGGAUCACUUGGUUCCAUUACUCCAUCGCCUACUCCAGAAACUGAGGAUCUGCAUGCAGCCACUGUGAACCCAGACCCAAGUCUGAAAGAGUUUGAAGGAGCAACGUUACGCUAUGCCUCUUUGAAGCUCAGAAAUGGUCCACAAUCUGAUGAUGAUGACUCUUGUAGCAUCAACAGUGAUCCAGAAGCCAAGUGCUUUGCUGUGCGAUCCCUGGGCUGGGUAGAAAUGGCAGAAGAAGAUCUGGCUCCUGGAAAAAGCAGUGUUGCUGUGAACAACUGCAUCAGACAGCUCUCUUACUGUAAAAACGACAUCAGAGACACUGUUGGCAUUUGGGGAGAGGGCAAAGACAUGUACCUUAUACUGGAAAAUGACAUGCUGAACCUGAUCGAUCCCAUGGACCGCACAGUUCUUCAUUCACAGCCCAUUGUGAGCAUCAGAGUCUGGGGCGUGGGGCGUGACAACGGCCGAGAGAGAGACUUUGCUUAUGUGGCAAGAGACAAAGACACAAGGAUUCUGAAAUGUCACGUGUUUCGAUGUGACACACCGGCAAAAGCCAUCGCCACAAGUUUACACGAAAUCUGCUCCAAGAUUAUGGCCGAACGGAAGAAUGCUAAAGCUGUGGCUUGUGGCUCAUUGCAAGGGGGGACAAAUGUCAAUCUUGAUGUUCCUCUGCAAGUAGAUUUCCCAACACCAAAGACAGAACUGGUACAGAAGUUCCACGUCCAGUACCUGGGCAUGCUGCCUGUAGCUAAACCUGUGGGAAUGGAUACUCUGAACAGUGCCAUUGAAAGUCUAAUGACUUCCUCUAGCAAAGAAGACUGGAUGCCAGUUACUAUGAAUGUUGCUGAUGCUACUGUCACAGUCAUCAAUGAAAGAAAUGAAGAGGAGAUCAUGGUGGAGUGUCGUGUGCGGUUCCUGUCCUUCAUGGGGGUAGGCAAGGACAUUCACACAUUCGCCUUCAUUAUGGAUACAGGAAACCAGCAUUUCGAAUGCCACGUUUUUUGGUGCGAACCAAAUGCAGGCAAUGUGUCAGAAGCUGUUCAGGCUGCUUGUAUGUUGCGGUAUCAGAAGUGCUUGGUAGCCAGACCUCCCUCACAGAAAGUGCGACCACCCCCACCUCCUGCAGACUCGGUGACUAGAAGAGUUACAACCAACGUAAAACGAGGAGUGUUGUCCCUCAUUGACACUUUGAAACAGAAACGCCCAGUCACUGAGAUGCCAUAGCUGCGCCAGAGAGAAGAGCCUCCUAACCGUUAACUGAAGAUAACACUAGCUAUACUAAGGAAAGUGAACUGACAAUGUCUGGCCUUCCAUUUCAAAUUGCUGAUGCUUUGUCUUCAGAGAAUUUACCCUUAUCGAAGCAAUGUUAGACAAGCAUGUUCUCGUUCUUGCCACCAUCGUGUGAUAUGAAAAGAAGCAUGAAUAAUAUUUUUGCUGUCAGUGAGUUACACCAUGAACAAUGGAAGGUCUGUUUGAUUGUAAAUACAUGAACGUUACCUAAACUCACACAAAAAAAAGAAUAUGGCCACGUCCCUCCCAGUGAACUCAUGCUAAAGUCCUUGGAGUGAAUGAUGCCUAAGUUGCUAGUUUCACCGUCUUGAGCUGAAUUUGUCACAAACCAAUCUUAACUCCUACAGCACUUUGCUCUGUUUUCAACACUGGAGUAGGUACCAAGUGUUAGCUACCAUUGAAUUACUGUAGAUUAAAUACCAAGUUUUAUUUUUUACAGAACUACACCUGUUAGUUUUAAAUUGUUUGUCAGCAUUGGUCUAGCAACCACUUUAACAACUCCCCAACAUGCUUCUGAAUCAUGGCGUCAUUAUUUCAUCUCCCAGUUAUACAUUAUGGUCUUAGAGAAGAAUUGUGCUUAAUACUAAAGCAAUGCUGAAAAAUCCACAAGAGUUUUCAGUAACUGAGUUGCAGGGUGAUCUACUGAAGCUUUUCAGCUUUAAACAUACAAAUGCAACCGUUGGCUGUUAAAUUUAUUCUCCUAAAUCUGCCAUUAAUUCAUCACAAAUACCGUAAGUUUCACACAGGGCUCAAACCAAUCAGGAGUAAGAAAAAAAUAGUCUGUAAUUUUAUUGUCUUACAACUCUUACAGAGACUAAACUAUUCCAACCCUUUUCCCAUACAAGUGUUUGAUGAGAUGUUCAAUUCGGCGUCUGGUUGCACAGUUCCCCUUCCCCUCACAGUUUGUUGCUGAAUACUGAACAUGCCCCAAAAAGAUCAAUCAUGUUUCUUGUCAAGACAAAAUUCAAUGAAAUUUCUUUUACUAUUAAUGCUCUUGUGACAAAAGAAGAAGAGAGGUGUUUUCUAACAGGAUAGUGCUUCGGGUGGUACAUACAACUUGAUCUCCACGCUUUUGCUCCAGAGGCUUCUUCUAAUUGCUUUGACUUACACACUACUGCAGGCCCUGACAAAGCCACCCCUUAAAAUUGUACCUCAGGCUGAUGUUCAAAUGCAGUCACACAUCUUGAGUCUCUCCCCUUGCCAUCUUCUGUCUCGACCUGCAGAUUGGUACAAAUUUUGGAAAUGGAACAGUAAAGAUAUUUUUAACUGGCAUUAAAACUGUUUUGCCUCCAUCUAGAGAGAUGUUCCAGACUGUAACUGCCUCCCAGGUCUGCAAAUCUGGUCAUACCACGCUGUAAUUGUAAAAGAACCUUGGCAAGGUUGUUAUUACAAGAACUCUUUUUUUUAUUUUACUAUCCAAGAAACUGAUAUAACAUUUUAUUUCCUUGUUUAAAAAAAUUAACAGCAACACCUGGGCAAAGCAACUUAGGAACACAAGGGGGAAAGAAUGUUGACUCAAGAAAUUUCUGUAUAGAAAAAUGCAGAAAAAUCAUUAAGCGAAGCUCAGCGUGAUGUAUGAGCAUGUGUCAGCUAAGGCUAGCUAUGCAACUGUUGUAAUUACAUUUAGCUCUCUAGAACACCCCCUGAAGAGCUGAUCUCCUGUGAUCUCUCAUCUCCUUAUGAGCGCGAUUCUGCGCCCCCGGCACUGAAGCAGUUGUUUCUCUGCCCAAGGCUCCCAUUGCUGCUCCGCCCUCCACACUGGCUCUACUGCUGGUGCAGCUGGGGGGAGGAGCUGCGUGUGCCAGGCAGGGAGAGCUGAGGUGAGGGGAUGCCAACAAUCCCCCUUCAGCAGUGCCAGAGGUUUAAACUGACCGUGAGGCCAGCUCGUGAAGCGUAGAGACAGCAGCUUUCGCACAUGCUUGUUCAGUUUCUAGUGUUGAUCCCACUGACGCCUGCUGAGAGCAGGGUAAAAACCCACUUCCCGGCACGUCCAGAUGUGGUGUUGAACACCAUACCUCUAGGUAGGACCGUGAAGUUGAGAGAUAAAACUUCCUUUAUUUAUCAUCGUGAUGGUAAUUCAAACUUUGGCUUUAGUUUAUUUUAAAUUACAGAAAAUAAUUUGACAGAGUCUUUUUAAAGUUCCAGCCAGGCUUUGGGAUUUGCAACUGUUCUACACCAGUGAAUUUUAAACCCUAUAAUUAAACUCUAGUUGCAUCUGCACCAUGCUGAUUCUCCCCAAGAGAGAUCCGGACUCUCUUUAAACAAAACCAACACUUAGGAAAGCCCAGCGUAAAGGUGGUUCUGCACUGGGGCUGUCAAGGCUAGCACCAUCCCGUUGCCUUUCACUGGCAAAGGGUGCUGUAGCAGGAAGGGCUCAGGAGAAGACAGAAGGGCAUUUGAAAAGCUGUAGGUCACCUGCCAAUGUAUGUUUUGAGUUUUGUGUCUGUUAACAAAACAUUGUUGAUUUUGCCAACACUUCAGUCGCAUGCUUAACUGUCUGGCUGUAUGUGGCCUUUUUGCUUCAGUAGGGCUCCAUACUCUCCAACAGAUUAAAUACACACCCAGGUGUUUGCAGAACCAGCCUAACACUGCAAAGCCCCUUAUCUUCUGUCAAACAAUAUAGUACAACACUCUUUACCAUGGCCAAAAAAGUAUGCCUGGGGUGCGCAUGUUCAAGCAGCUGCCACUGGUUCAGUCGAUGUUGCAGCGACCCUUCAGUUAUCUAUGCAUUUUUUAUAAUCCUUAGUGGUUCCGUAGGCCAGCAGCCGUGUUCACUAUGCCUUGUAUGUCUGAUGCCAUAUUCUAAAUUAACCUGUUAAAUACAGCUUAAAAUAUUUUUAUUUUAUUUAUUCUAUUUUUACUGAAAUAUCCUGCAUUGUUAUGUUGAUGUAUUGUCUUUACUGGACGUGCUCUUGUAACAUUCUCCACUCUGUAUACUAUAGGUUGCCUAAAAAAGGCAGGCUUUGUAAUUAUUUGUAGUCACAUUUUUAUUGAAGUCUGUAGAAAAAUCAUGUAAAUCAAAGCUAAUUUCUUCUUUUUUUUUUCAAUGCAAGUAGUAAGUUAGAGGUAAGUAUCACAUGUCAGUCAUGUCAUGACGAGCUCCCUUGCAGAAGCAAGGGGAUUUAUAUACAUAGUCAACGACUAAGAGAUAAAAGCCGUUCUUCUGAAAUCCACAGUGCUGGCUGUAGGUUUUAUUUAAGCCACUUACUGUUCUGUUUGAAGGGGAGCAAGGGCGUGUGGGAGACGUAAGGCUGCAGAGGCCGCUCGCAGCAGAGUGGAACAGGAAUAGCAAAAACUUGCAUGAAAGGGCACAGAAUCCACUCUCAGUAGAAUGAGGGUUUUGUGAUGUACCUUGUGGGCAGAGUCACCUGUACCCACAGAAAUAAUACGCCCCUCCGUGACAGAGGACCAAAACCUAUGGAGUAUCCAAUAGCUUACACCAGUUCUGUGUCACUAAGAAUUCUACAUCCCUUUUAAUUUUACCAAGCAUUUCAUAGAUCAUUUAACUAGGGAUCUAAAACUGUCAUAAGUCACCCAUGGCAAAGAGAACUUCCUUAUUUCAACAGCUAGUAAGGCUCAGCCUUUCAGCAUUACCAUUAACCCAGCACUCCUUUCUUGGGCAGGUUCAUCAAUACGUUGCUAAAACUUGUGCUGUACAGUCAGUGAAAGCAGGUUUGGUUUAUUUUAACAACGGUAAAGAAGAAAACGCACCCACUGUUUAUUAGCAGAGCUCAGUCUAACGUAAAGCACGUGACUGACAGCAAAAAGGACAAUUUUCCCCUGCUGUUGCCCACUUCUCCACAUCUAAAUGUAAUCUGUUCUGAGAAUAAAUUUAGCUGCAUAAAA